AUGUCGUUAUGCCUUCAGGUGAGACAAUUCGCAGUGGAAUUGAUAGURAACUGCAGAACGUCUGACGAGGUGAAGAUCAUGCUGCGAAAUCGUGACGGUUGCAGAUUCAGAGGGAAGUUUCCUUACCCGAGACUGAUCACAGCGAUGGACUACAAGCAAAAGGAGUUCGUAGCACACACCAACAUCCAACAGGUGUUGGAGACUGCGUGGCUGGGCGAUUGGAUCGAGUGGAAGUCGUACUCGGCGACGUGGAAAUUCUUGUACCUGCUGAGGCGAUUCAUCAUGCUGCCGGCGACGGUGGCACUGGGGAUGUUGGCGCCCAACUCAAAACUGAAUCAGUUCAACCGGUUGCCGAUCAACCGGAUGUUCAACAGCCUGGUCACGUACCUGGUUUUCCUGUGGCUACUGUUCAGGCAGUCGAACGCCGACAAGUUCGAGACGCGUAGGGGAGCGCCCGAACUGGGCACGUGGUUGCCUAUCRUCGUGUUCGUCGUUGGCCACGUGUUGGAGAAGUUGAAGCUGCGGCUGCAGCAGGGCCCGGAACGGUUCUUCAAGAACCUGUGGAACGUGUUCGACACGGUCAAGCUGACGCUGUUCUCGUUAGCGUUCCUGUCCUGGAUGGCGGCCACCUUGGAUGUCAUUAGCCAAGGGUCCGAAGACCUGGACCGCAAGUACUGGCCCUGGAUGCACCCACAACUGGUGGCCGAGAGCCUGUUCACCGUAGCCACGGUCAUGGCGUACCUACGGCUGCUGUUCCUGUGCCAGCUCAACUACUACAUCGGCCCGAUGCAAGUGUCCCUAGGCAAGGUGCUGCACGACUUCGGCAAGUUCGCCACGUUCCUGGUGAUCAUCAUGGCGGCGUUCACGUGCGGCCUGGGCACGUAUUACUCGUACUACGCGGGGAUGUUGCACAAGGACCCGGAGACGGGCGAGACCUCCAGGCAGGAGGACUCGUUCAUCACGGUCGCCGACACGUUCAAGACGCUGUUCUGGGGCAUAUUCUGCAUGACGUCGCUGGACGCGCCCAACGUGGUGGUCGGCAACACGUUGACGGGCGCCGGCCACAUCGACGCGGCCGUGCAAUCGCACCAGUUCACGCAGCUGGUCGGCUACGGGCUGUUCGCCGUGUUCGAGGUGCUCAUGGUCAUCGUCAUGAUGAACAUGCUCAUCGCCGCCAUGUCGGACACAUUUCAGGGCGUCACCGACAACGCCGAGUACGAGUGGCUGUUCGGCCGGACCCAAGUGUACGUCAGCUACAUGCUGCUCAACGACAUGCCGCCGCCGUUCAACCUGUUGCCCACCACCGGCCUGCUGUUCUGCGCCAAGCGGAUCGUGUCCAAGUCGUCGMGGCACUACAACAGCUUGCCGGGCGACGACGGCAGAGGCGACUUGGACAGCCGCUCGACGGCCGCCGCGAUCGAGUUCCGCGAGCUCAUGACCGAAAUCAUCAAACGGUAUUUCACGAUGCACAGGCCACUCGCCGAACGCUGA